AGGGUCACCUCGGCCUCCGCCGCAGGAAAGUGAGUGCCAGAGCUUCCCCGUGCCCUCGCGGGGAGCCGCUGCGGGACCUUCGGGGAACCUGGGCCCCCGGGGGCCGUGCGCCCGAGCCUCCUCGGAGCGCCCACCCCACCGCCCUCCCCGCCCGCCGCGCGGACGGCAAUUGGCCACUGCGCCUUUAAAGACAGUCACUCGCCGGGGGAGUCGGGGGCGGCGGCGGGGGUUCCGGCUCCAGGUCAGCUCCAACCCCCCGCGCUGCGCGGGCAUGGCCCCGGGCCCCCACGGGAACAGCUCUGCGGCCUGGGGGUCGAGCGCGCACCCCCUGGCGUCCGGCGCCGCCAACUCGAGUGGGCUGCCGGGGGCGCCGCGCGCCGCUGCACUGGCGGGGGCGCUGCUGGCGCUGGCCACCGUGGGCGGCAACCUGCUGGUCAUCGUGGCCAUCGCGCGGACGCCGAGACUCCAGACCAUUACCAACGUGUUCGUGACUUCGCUGGCGGCGGCCGACCUGGUGGUGGGGCUCCUGGUGGUGCCGCCGGGGGCCAGCCUGGCGCUGACCGGCCACUGGCCCCUGGGCGCCACGAGCUGCGAGCUGUGGACGUCGGUGGACGUGCUGUGCGUGACGGCCAGCAUCGAGACGCUGUGCGCCCUGGCCGUGGACCGCUACCUGGCUGUCACCAGCCCGCUGCGCUACGGCGUCCUGGUCACCAAACGGCGCGCGCGGGCGGCCGUGGCGCUGGUGUGGGCGGUGUCGGCCGCCGUGUCCUUCGCGCCCAUCAUGAGCCAGUGGUGGCGCGUGGGCACCGACGCCGAGGCGCAGCGCUGCCACUCGGACCCGCGCUGCUGCGCCUUCGCCUCCAACAUGCCCUACGCGCUGCUGUCCUCCUCCGUGUCUUUCUACCUGCCGCUGCUCGUGAUGCUCUUCGUCUACGCUCGCGUCUUCGCUGUGGCCCGGCGCCAGCGGCGCCAGCUGCGCGGGGAGCUGGGCCGCUUCCCCGAGGGGCUCCCCGCGCCCCCAGUGCAGCUGCGGGAGCACCGUGCGCUGCGCACGCUGGGCCUCAUCAUGGGCACCUUCACGCUCUGCUGGCUGCCCUUCUUCGUAGCCAACGUGGUGCGCGCCCUCGGGGGCCCGGCGCUGGUGCCCGGCUCGGUGUUCCUCGCCUUGAACUGGCUGGGCUACGCCAACUCGGCCUUCAACCCGCUCAUCUACUGCCGCAGCCGCGACUUCCGCAGCGCCUUCCGCCGCUUGCUGUGCCGCUGCGCGCGCCCCGACGCCCCCGCGGGCCGCCCCCUGCCCGCUGCGUCGGACCGGGUUUCCUGGGAAAUUUCAUGACCUUGAAGGACAAGAAACAUAAAGCCCGUUGAUCCAGAAUCUUUGGAAAACCUCUGGCCUCCGUUCAGAACGCGCCCUAUGGAUUUUCUGGGAAACUGACCAUCUGGAACCUGAGGCUGGGCCCCGGGAGGAUUCCGAGGGGAGCAGGACUGCCCUGUACCACGCGGGCACUCACCAACCUGUCUCUGAGUCUGAGAGUGUCUGGACUCCUGGCCCGGAUGUGGCCACUAACUCAGUGGGUCCUGCGUGCCCAGCUGCCCAUGGAGCAGCCAGGUGGCUUUGGUGGGCAGCCAGCACCUGGCUCACUAUGUUUGGGGCAAAGAUGGCAUCCCAGGUCUUUCCCUUUUGCUACCCAGACCCUGUCGGACCACUGGAUGUUCUCUGUGCUCUGGGGAUGAGGUUCAAAACUGAUGUGAGUUUGGGCUGUUGUCCUUGACUUCCCCAUAUGGCCCCACCAGGUCCGGCCUCCCUCACCUCAGACACAGGAUAGCGCUGAUCUACCUCACAGCAACACCAGGUUUGCGGGAUGAGGAGGGGGACUGGGUGGUUCAGUGGGUGAGGAGCCAUCAGAGCCGACCAUGUCUGUUCCUUUGAAAAACAAAUGAAUAAAUAGAACGGAAGGCAGUUCCUGGUCGCCGUCUUUGCUCUCUGUUUGUUUUCUUUUCAUAAUUCCCUUUCACUUUGAGAGCUGACUUUUGACAGAUGUAAUAAAUUUGUGCUAAUCCUUUCUCA